UAAAUGCUGAGUGGAGUGAUUAAUUUGCAGUUGUGUCUGAAGAAAAUUAACAAAUUGGAAGGUAGGAACUUACUGUGCACAUUUUACCUAAAUACAUUGGCAUUAGACGUUUCUAUCUAUCUAAUCCAGGUCCCAUGUAAACCGACGCUGAAGCCCUUGAUUUUAGGCAUCAACUGAAACUCUGUCUCCACCUUCCUCGUAUAAAAAUCCCACUUCAUCUGCACCAUAAUCCAACUUCCAAAACUCACUCCAUCUACCAUGAUUACUGCCAAGAACCUCUCCAAGAUGAUCCACCAGUGGCACAAGCUCGCUGCUAUACGCCGCAGGAGAGUCUUGCACCCAAGAAACGGCGACAUCUGCUGUGUUGCGCCAUCCUCAUACAUGGACAAGGGCCACUUUGCAGUCUACACUGCUGACCAGAGGCGCUUUGUGGUUCCGUUGGCCUAUCUCAAUGACCCUGUGUUCCGACAUCUGCUUGAGAUGUCUGAAGAGGAGUACGGCCUGCCCUGUAACGGCCCUAUUGUGUUACCUUGUGAUUCGGUCUUCAUGGACUACGCCAUCUGCCUCAUCCGCAAAGGCCACGCUGGAGAUUUGCUCGAGUCCCUUGCCAGAAGCCGCUGCUCGUCAUCGUGUUUGCAUCAAUCCCAGCUUAACCACCACAUGCUCAUUCAUUGAUUGCCUGCAAAAGUAAACCAUCAAAAUUUGUGAAAAAAUGAGACAACAUUCCAAGAUCAAUGAGCGGUUAUGCAUAUAUAGCGAGCCCCUGGCUUUGGAUUUGUAGUUGUAAUGUUUAUUCAUAUUGUCAUCUUCUUUAUUCAUCACCUGCAUACUUCAUUUAUGUUUCUUCUGAAUUUAGCCAAUAUAAACUGAACACAGCAACGAGCAAUGGCUUCGCCUUUGCAGUUUGAGUAUAUCUGUCAGCUUCAAUGUGUAAAUUCAGAAAUCUACAGAACAAGAAUUUCAUGUUUGACUGAAAAAAUUAGAUGAUGUUUUUCUGCUUCUUCAAGGAGACAACCAGCUUGAUCGACUGUACAGUGAGUUUCUACGUUUUUCUGCCAAAAAUAAAGAAAAAAAUCACGAGUUCCUCUAUUUUGUGGUGAGCAGUGAAGUGAGCUGACAGUCAACCUAAUCAGGCCACUUCUGCUAUCAAAACAAUAACAUAAUGAAAUGAGUCAUCCUUCAAGCACACCAUAUAUACAAAGGUGAUCCAACUAGCACAUGGUAUAAUAUGAGUCAUCUUUCAACCAGCAGAUGAUAUAAUG